AAAGUAAAACAAAAUGAAAAAGGAGGAAAUGGCGAAUGGAACCAUAAACCCCCAAAACCCUCGUUGCGCCUCGACUUCACCCCCGAAAGAGCGACCGUAAUUGCACUCAGUUCGCUUUGCGAGCGAAGCGAAGUAAGGAAGAAGAAGCGAUAAGAUGGUGGUUCGGAUCCGGCUGGCGAGAUUCGGGUGCAAGAACCGGCCCUUCUAUCGGGUCAUGGCCGCCGAUAGCAGAUCUCCUCGCGACGGCAAGCAUCUCGAAGUAUUGGGUUACUACAAUCCCUUGCCCGGUCAAGAUGGUGGAAAGCGGAUGGGUCUUAAAUUUGAUAGAGUAAAGUAUUGGCUUUCGGUUGGCGCUCAACCUUCGGAUCCCGUCCAACGCAUUCUUUUCAGAGCUGGUCUACUGCCUCCUCCACCCAUGGUGGCAAUGGGACGCAAGGGUGGACCGCGUGACACACGUCCUGUUGAUCCAAUGACUGGACGGGUCAUAAAUCCUGAGAAACAAGCUGCUUCCGUCAAAGCAGACGAACCCACUCCCGAAGAUGCAAAUGCUUAGGGCGGCAAGAUUUUACCCAGUCUUUUAAUUACUUUCACUUUUCUACAGUUCCCUGAAAAAUUUUCGGGUAUUGCUUCAGCUAGGGUCUGCGAGAGUUUUGUUUCCAAUUUAAGGACAGUUUCUAUGUACAAAAUAACUGCUACCUGCUCCAGGGUGCUAGCAAACGUGCAGGAAAUAAAACUCGUUCACCGUGUAUUAUACCUUGCAUGUCUUUUAAGGGGCUGAUAAACCCAGCUAUGUUCAUGAUCCUGUGACCAUUGCUUUCCUUUUGUAAGGUGAAUUGCUUGUCCAUCAUUCUUA